AUGAAGUCAAUUUUAGUUACAAGUGUGGUUGUCGUAGCUGGUACAUUAUUAACAUUAGUUCAAGCAUUAGGUGCCGACAAGUUCGCAGAACCAGCUACGCAAAAGCAUUCAAAAAUACCUACUGCAGCGCUCUCACAUAGUGGUGAUACAUUGCUUAACACCGACGCGCAUCAAACUAAUCCGUCCAACAUCUGGAAAUCUAAAUCGAAAUUUGACUUAGACGCUUUGCCUGUUGUAAAUAGACAAGAUGUGCAGUCACAUUAUGCUCAGCAUAGACGUUCCUACGACACUCCGAUGUUUCUAGGCAAAAGAGACUUGAAAAAUCUAAGUCUAAGGUUUAAACGUGCUACUGAUCUAGAGGAUUUAGACGCAACAGAAUUUUCUGAUGACUUUGACAAGCGCGGAGUGGACAUACCGCAGUUUAUUGGCCGUCGACGUUACGACACGCCGCAAUUUAUUGGCAGACGAGGAUAUGGCGUUCCCGCUUUUGUAGGAAAAAGGGCGUUUCGUGCUCCGGCUUUUAUAGGAAAAAAGGCGUUUGGUGCCCCGGCUUUUAUAGGAAAAAAGGCGUUUGAUGCUCCUUCAUUCGUUGGCAAGCGUAAAUUAACAGCACCAAGCUUUAUUGGAAAACGGGGUCUUGACGUCCCUGCUUUCGUUGGUCGCCGUGCAUAUGCGCCUCCUCAAUUUAUUGGAAGGCGGGGAAUGGAUGUCCCUGCCUUUGUUGGAAAGCGCGAAUUUCAAACGCCCAUGUUUCUUGGUAAACGAGCAUUUUCAGCACCCAGUUUUGUUGGAAAACGUGGUUUGGAUGCCCCAACUUUCAUAGGCAAACGAAAAGAAGAAUCCUUUAGAGAUUUAUUAGCUACAUUACAGGCUUAUCGAGAAUACAGACGACUCAUGCAAACUGACAAACGAUUUGACGCACCGCUGUUUGUAGGAAAACGAAGUGACUAUGAAAAUGACAACCUCGCAGCAGAAACGUUAAGCCGGAGAUUUCAGUGCAUACCUCAAUGGGUAUUUAGAAUGCGGUUGAAUGUAGUUGAUUUGAAUAUGUCAUUUAUAGGGGGAUAUAAACAAAACUAUUUCUCUUUAAAUAUUUUAGAUGAUGUACAGACGAAGAUAUUACUGCCUCUGGACGACCUCCACAAAGUAGAUUCUUCCAAAAUGGACGUUCCUACCGUGCAGCUCUGGGAUGCUGACAUGCCACGUCCAAACGGUGCACGAUUUUUAAAACUUGAUCCAGCUCAUGCUUUAGGGUUCCUCGGGCAGGAAGCGAGUCCCGUCAGUAAAAGAUAUUUAGAGUUUGUCGGUAAAAGAGACAAUGACAAAAGGUAUGCUGAAUUUGUAGGUAAACGUGCUGGCUUUGGUGAAAAGCGAUAUUCAAGAGGCAGUCUUUCGGAAUAUCUCAGCAAACGCUUACGUAUUAGGAGACCUGAAUUUGUUGGCAAAAGAUCGAAUCAAAAACGCUAUCUUGAAUUCAUUGGUAGAUAA